AUGAGUAUUUACAGUUUUCUCAUUGCCGUACGCUCUGAAGGCCAGCAGCUUAUGAGUGACACCGGCGAGACUACGUCGCACCUUAUGGGCAUGUUUUAUCGGACGCUGCGGAUGGUGGACAACGGCAUCAAGCCUCUAUAUGUUUUCGACGGGGCACCGCCGAAACUAAAGUCGGGUGAAUUGGCUAAGCGGAGUGCACGGAAACACGAAGCCACUGAAGCACAUGAAGAAGCAAAGGAGACGGGUACGGCGGAGGAUGUCGAGAAGUUCUCGAGACGGACUGUACGAGUGACCAGAGAGCACAAUGCAGAAUGCAAAAAACUCUUGAAGCUCAUGGGGAUUCCGUAUAUCGAUGCCCCCACGGAGGCCGAAGCACAAUGUGCUGUGCUUGCCCGGGCUGGGAAAGUGUACGCCGCAGCCUCGGAGGAUAUGGACACCUUAUGCUUUGAGUCGCCCAUCCUGCUGAGGCAUCUUACUUUCAGCGAGCAGAGAAAGGAGCCCAUUCAAGAGAUCCAUUUGAGUCGUGCUCUGGAAGGGCUGGACAUGGACAGAAAUCAGUUCAUUGAUCUCUGCAUUCUGCUCGGAUGUGACUAUUUGGAGCCAAUUCCCAAAGUCGGGCCCAAUACUGCGCUAAAACUGAUCCGUGAACACGGUACCCUGGAGAAGGUGGUUGAGUCCAUCGAGAAAGACUCCAAGCAGAAAUAUGUCAUGCCGGAAUCUUGGCCGUAUCAGGAUGCUAGAGAACUCUUCAUCAACCCUGAUGUCCGAGACGCCAAUGAUCCUGAAUGUGACUUUAAAUGGGAGGCGCCGGACGUCGAGGGCUUGAUAGAUUUCCUCGUGAAGGACAAGGGUUUCAACGAAGAUCGAGUACGGAACGGCGCUGCCCGUUUACAGAAAAACUUGAAAACCGCGCAACAGUCACGCCUGGAGGGUUUCUUCAAGCCGGUUGCGAAGACAGAGGCGGAGAAGGCAACCCUGAAGCGUAAGCACGAUGAGAAAAUCCAAGAGCAGAAGAAGCGCAAGAAGGAAGAGGCGAAGGCGAAGAAGGAAGCGAAAUCUCGGCCCCGGGCUGCUGUAUAG